AUGUCCACUGGCGGCAGGUUCAACUUUGACGAUGGGGGGUCAUACUGCGGAGGGUGGGAGGAGGGCAAGGCGCACGGGCACGGGAUUUGUACUGGACCCAAAGGCCAGGGUGAGUACUGUGGCUCUUGGGCCCAUGGAUUUGAGCUGCUGGGCAUCUACACCUGGCCCAGCGGAAACACUUAUCAAGGAACCUGGGCUCAGGGCAAGAGACAUGGGGUGGGUGUGGAGAAUAAGGGGCGCUGGGUGUACAAGGGGGAGUGGACUCACGGGUUUAAGGGACGCUAUGGUCUCCGCGAAAGCACCGGGACCAGUGGCAAAUAUGAGGGCACAUGGAGCAAUGGACUGCAGGACGGAUAUGGGACAGAGACUUACUCAGAUGGAGGUACUUUCCAGGGUCAGUGGGUCGGGGGUAUGCGUCAUGGUUAUGGAGUCCGACAGAGCGUCCCAUACGGGAUGGCCGCUGUCAUUCGCUCCCCUCUGCGCACGUCCAUAAACUCCCUGAGGUCCGGCUCAGAGCACAGCAAUGGCACUGCUCUAUUGGACCGGAGCGGGGCUGUGGUCCCGGUGCCCCCCUCUGGUCCUGGAACCCUCACCACCAGUGUGUCCAUGUGCAGCACCGGGAGCAGCGGCAGCAGCCCCGCAGUGUCCCGGGGGGGCUUUGUCCUGACCGCCCACAGCGAGGCUGAGCUGCUCAAGGGCAAGAGGAAGAGCGGCCUGUUCAGGAGGUCCAUCCUGUCCGGACUCAAACUCAGGAAGUCCGAGUCCCGGAGCUCUCUGGCCUCACAGAGGUCCAAACAGAGCUCCUUUAGGAGUGAGGCUGGGAUGAGCACAGUGUCAUCUGCUGCUUCAGACAUCAACUCCACUAUCAGUCUAGGAGAUGGAGACGCUGAGCUGGCAGUUGCUGACGAUGAUGUGGACGCCACGGCAACAGAGACCUACAGCGGCGAGUGGAAGAAUGACAAGAGGACGGGGUUUGGGGUGAGCCGGAGGUCCGACGGGCUGCAGUAUGAGGGGGAGUGGCUCAGUAACAAGAGGCACGGAUAUGGGUGUACCACGUUCCCUGAUGGCACCAAAGAGGAGGGCAAAUACAAGCAAAACAUCCUGGUGAGCGGAAAGAGGAAGAACCUGAUUCCCCUAAGAGCCAGUAAAAUCAGAGAGAAGGUGGACCGGGCCGUGGAGGGGGCGCAGAAGGCCGCUGACAUCGCACGGCAGAAAGCAGAGAUCGCCUUGUCCAGAACAGCACAUCGUAGGGGAGAGGAAGUUGUAGAUGGGAGUUUGACAUAA